AUGGAAUCAAUAGAAUGUUCUCUAUGUCAUCGAAAAUUCGAUGAUAAUACUCUUCUUUCACUACAUCAUGAAUAUGAACCAUGUUUUAAUUCAAAUGAUCCUUUAGCAUCACAUAUAAGUUAUAGUUGUCCAAUAUGUGAUAAAAUAUUCCAUGAUACUCUUGUUCUUCAAAUUCAUGUCAAUGAAGAUCAUGAUCAUACCUCUGUACAUACAACAUCAGAUAAUUUAUAUGCUCAGGAAUUAGAACGACGUGAUCGAAUGAAAAUUAAACAUCAACAAGAAACAGCUUCAGCAAUUUCAUAUGAACAAUUAGAAGAACAAGAUAAUGAUGAUAAUGAUGAUGCUCGGAUAGCUCGUAUGUUACAAGAAGAAGAAAAUGCUCAGUCAUUUGAAGAAUUUCAGAAUCGUUAUGGUGGAAGUACAAGAACAUUUAGUGAACGUGCUCGAUGGAAUUUAGAAAAAGUUUAUAAAAAAAAAUUUAUUUCACAACAAAAAUAUGAUGAAUAUAAAAAUAAAUUAGAUGAAAUGAUUGCACAACCCGUAGAAAGAAUGGAAUCGAGAUCAACUGGACUUAUACAAAUUAUUUCACGUUUACCAAUGAGUAAUAUACUUGAUCGUCGUCUAUGCAAUCCAGGUUGUGAUCAUAUGAGUUCAACAUGGCUUGAUCAAGGUUGGGCAUGUGGUUAUAAAAAUUUUCAAAUGUUACUUUCAUCACUUCGUAAUGAUUCUCAAUAUUCCAUGCAUUUAUUUGGUCACGAUGCAACAAAUCAAAUCAAUGAUGAUAUACCAUCUGUUAGUUAUUUACAAAAAUUAAUUGAAAAAGCUUGGACAGCUGGAUUUGAUAGUGCUGGUCGUGAACAAUUAAAUGGACAUUUAAUUAAUUCAACAAAAUGGAUUGGACCAACAGAAAUUAUGGCAUGUCUAGCAAAUUUAAAUAUAAAAACAGAAUUAUUUGAUUUUCAUCAACCGAAAACAAUUGAAAAAUCAAUUGCUUUUAAAUAUUUAUUUGAAUGGAUUAAAAAUUAUUUUCAACAACAACAAGAAAAUAGAAAUAAUAUUAUUCAUCCACUUUAUUUACAACAUGAAGGUCAUAGUCGAACAAUUGUUGGUUAUGAACAACUCCGUAGCGGUCAAAUACGUCUUUUGAUAUUUGAUCCAAGUACACCUAAAACUAAUAUUGACCAAUUUCGUAAAAAUCCUAAUGAUAAAAUUCAUAUAUUUCGACGAACUUUACAAUCAUUUCAAAAACCAGUUUAUCAAAUACUUGUCAUACGAGGUUUACUCAGAACAGAAGAAAGAGAAGCUGCAAAACAACUUCGUUCUAUUAAAGUACCAAUACCAAAUACUUAA